AUGGUGCUUGUCCAGUUCCUUUCCAUCCGAAGUCGUGCUUCAGAUGGUCUGGUGGCCCCAAUGCGCAAGAAAACCGUGACAGCGUCUGAAUUUACCUCGAACGGGCCACCAUUCUCUUACACCGUCGCGAUAGCCAAGAUGAAGCCGUUCGGCCUUCCAGCGCUUAUUACGGCUGCGCUGCUGGCGCUCGCGACGCCCCUCGGAGCCGAGCACACCAGCAACUGGGCGGUGCUUGUCUGCACAUCCCGCUUCUGGUUCAACUAUCGCCACUUGGCGAACGUGCUGUCCAUCUACCGCACCGUCAAGAGACUCGGCAUCCCCGACUCGCAGAUUAUCCUCAUGCUCCCCGACGACAUGGCUUGCAACCCGCGCAACGCCUUCCCCGGGACCGUCUACUCUAAUGCCGACCGCGCUGUCGAUCUCUAUGGGGAUAACAUCGAGGUGGACUACAGGGGCUACGAGGUGACGGUGGAGAACUUCAUCCGGUUGCUUACCGAUCGCGUCGGAGAGGAGAUGCCGCGGAGCAAGAGAUUGUUGACGGACGACCGGAGCAACAUAUUGGUGUACAUGACAGGGCAUGGCGGGAACGAGUUUCUCAAGUUUCAGGAUGCCGAGGAGAUUGGCGCCUUCGAUCUGGCCGACGCGUUCGAGCAGAUGUGGGAAAAGAAGAGAUACAACGAGAUCCUCUUCAUGAUUGACACGUGCCAGGCCAACACCAUGUACAGCAAACUCUACUCUCCCAACAUCAUCGCGACCGGUUCCUCCGAGUUGGAUCAAUCCUCGUACUCGCACCACGCCGACAAUGACAUCGGCGUGGCCGUCAUCGACCGAUACACAUACUACAACCUCGAAUUCCUGGAAACAGAGGUACGCGACACGAGCAGCAAGAAGACGCUCGGCGACUUGUUCGACAGCUACACGUACGAAAAGAUCCACUCCAAUGCAGGCGUCCGCUACGAUCUGUUCCGCGGCGGGGCAGAGGCCGCGCGCAGGCGGUUGGUCACAGACUUCUUCGGCAACGUCCAAAACGUCGAGGUUGACGGGGUCCAAAACACGACCGCUUUGGAGGAGGACCUGCUAUCCUUAAGCAAGACGAUUGCCGCGCUUCAUCGGAAGGCAGAUGAGCAGGACGCUGCGUUGAAGACCAAUGCGACGGGAGAGGACAAGAAAGAGGUGGUUCGGCAGAGGAAGGUGCAGGUUGCGAAGCCGCUGACGGAUGAGAAUUGGUGGACCAAGAAGAUGUAUGGGGCUGCGGCUGUCGCGGGGUCCGCUGGCUUCUUUAUGGAAGAUUUUCUAACGGAAGACCUGAAGGUUCUCCCUCUUCGAGAGAUUACUCUCAAUUCACGCCCGCUGGUCAAGCGUACCAUACAGUUCUCCUGCGACGGUGACCUGGCCGUCGCUGCCGACGACUCGGUCCAUGUCUUCGUCCCGGAGUUCCCAGAUCUCUCCCAGCGCAGAGAAAAGAUCAAAGCCCGCGCAGACGGCUAUCGAUUCCGCAAGGACGAAAUCUCGGACGAUGAGGAGGACGACGAAAAUGGGGGGCCGGGGGGUUACAAUCGCCAUAGCCUUCGCGCACAGUACUCGGAGGGCAGCAAGCACAUGCCUGUGUCAUUUCCGCCCAUAGAUCCCCGCGUCAACAGAGAGCUGUUCAUCAUCCAAGAACUACCGUUUCCAUACGAGAGUGCUGCCGACGCUGACGCCCGGAGUCCCGGCAGCGCCAGCGAAGGGUCUGUGGACUCGGACGCGUACAGUUCGGAGGACGAGGAUGGCGAGGGCGCCGGGUUGGGAUCUAACCGACCUUUCGGUGCCGGCUAUGGUCCCAUCACCGGCGUUGGCAGCAGCAUGAACCAUGUUGUGUGCAUUGGGUGGUCUCCGUCCGGAUUAGGCGUCAAUCGCCGGCCCAUUCUGGCCAUUUUGACGGGCUCUGGGACACUGGGCAUGUAUGGAGAUGGCAGCAAGUCUGCCAAUAUCUUACCACGCGCCAACGAGGGCAUGCUGCAGCGCCGCGAGCUCAAUUCCUGGAUUUUCCUCUGGGGCGUGGGCGAGCGGCUGGUGGUGCCGGGACAGCAGACCGAAGUAAGCGAAUACGUUCGAGGCUUUGCAUGGGCCAACGAAAUUGCACCGGGCCAGGCGCUGCUUGCGACCGUAAACGACGUGAAGGAGGUGGCCAUCAUCAGCGUGCAACUAGUCUCGGGAGCCGAUAAGGGCAAGUCCAUGGAAGACAUGGCCUUCCGAAUCGAGGGCAGCGAGAACACGGGCUGGAUGGUGCGAGAGGUCUUACGCUUCAAGGCGGAAGGACCCCAUGAUGCCGUCGAGCCGACGGAUUUGGACUGGAUCCCUCACGGCACCUCCUACGGUCUGAGAUGGGGUCCGUGGUUAGAGACUGGCAACGCCCGCACUUGCGUUCUCUCCUUUGUCGACCACAAUUACGUCGGCUUCCGAAAAGUCACGAUCAGGGAUUCUUGGAUAAGAGGCGAGAUGCCCAGUGUUGAGGUUGAGCCCCAGGACACCUAUGGGAUUUGCCUACACUUAUCAGUCGAUGCGUUUGUCGAAUUUGAGGACAUGAUCUGGACCCAUGGCCAGUUCAGCUCCUGUCGCGGCCUGAUUGCGACCGGCUUUGAGCUGAAACAGUUCGACGUCGCGCUCUCUGAAGGGGCGACGGGCCGGCUCGAGAAGCAUACUACUUUGGAUUGCGGGACUCUGUACCGUAAAGACACAGGCCAACUUUCAGGAAACCCCAUAGUUGACCUUGUCGUCCACCCUCCUGACCCUACUCGCCCAACGCCGACGCCGCUCUACACUCUAAUUCGUAUGUCGGCCACUACCACGACGAAAGACUGGUACCAGACAAACGUCCCUGCCCCAAGUGGUCCUGCAGAAGACCCGCGGCCACAGUGGGUCCGCACCAUCGCACAAAAGCUCGAAGUCCAGGUCCCUGUCGACCUGCACUUGACGCACGGGUACGAUGAUGAUGAGAGCGGUUCGGAUGCCUCCGCUGCCGAGUCCGAAGACGAGGAAAGCGACCUGGACAUAGGCGGAAAUCUCGACUCGUAUGUGGACGAGGACGCCAAUGGCGAUGACGACGCUGCAGCCCUCGAAGUCCCCGAGAUCCACCCUCACCGCGUCCGCCUCCACGGCCUCACUCUGUCCCCGGGAGGCGGUGUUGCCGCAGUCCUCGCGAGCAACCACAGCACGCAGCACCCGGAGCGCGGCGGCUGGCACACGGUGCGCUCGAGCGUGCUGUUCGGGUACCAACCUCGGCGACAGCGGCAGCCGCCGCAACAUGCCCGCUCCCCACAGCCCGACCACGGCGUCCCAAUCGCCCCGGAGUUCAUGGCCAUUGCGGGGAACAACACAUCCACCGGAGCCAGCACACGCUACGCCCGCUUAACAACCGAAGCAAAGCUUUUUGAGAGCCUGUACGGCGGUGGUCCCCAGGUGCCGGGUGUGCAUUACCCAGCCAGCACAGACACGACCAACUCCAACGAGAUCCGAAACCUCUUCGCGCCCGCCCUGGCGAGCCAGACCUGCGACUUGUGCGGGCACCCGAUGAACAUCCGCAAGGCAGCGCUCUGCGGAUGCGUAAACGGGCAUUUCUUCGGAACAUGCGCCACGUCGGGGCUGGCGGUGCAGACGCCCGGCGCGACGCGCAGCUGCGGCGCGUGCGGGCUCCGGACGAUGAGGGCGGAGGUGCUGGUGGCGAAGAUGCCGGACGAGAGCAAGGAGGAGGUCAGGAGGCUGAAAAUCUUCCCCAAUAGCCCCCUCUAG